AUGAAGAUGAAGAGGGGAGAUGCCCCCAAGACUCGCGCCCCGAAGAGCGUGCCAUACGUGCGCCACGGAGCCUUGACGAGAAAGUCGCGGCGAGACCGCGAACAGUGGGCACGCUGCCUGAAGGACAUCGUGAACCGCCCCCUGAGGACUAUCAUCAACUUGCUCAAGAAGGAUGGCGUCCUGCCCGAAAGGCACGGCGUGGCUUGUCCGCACUGCCAGAGGUCAACGCUCGGCCCACUCAAGGACUUCGGGGCGAAGGGGGGCGGGUGGGCGCACAUGUGCAAGGGCAGAGACUGCAAGCGCCGCGUACUGCCCCAUGCCUUCCACCCUAUCUUUCGCGUCGGUACUGGGAAGUCCCAUGCUGGGCUUGGUGACCAGGCUGCGAUAUUGUUCUGCGCUGUAUCUGGGUGCACGCAGACGACAGUUCGCUACCUGCUGAAAAAGAACCACAAGUUGGCGGAAUCCAUAUACAAGUCUCUGUACGAUGCCAGAGCCAAGUACGUGCGGCAGGAAGAGAAGAAUAUCCGCUUCGGCGAGGAUGUCGAGUGGCCCGGCGUCGAGGCGGACGAGGUCGACGUUGCCAAGGGCGAGGGCCCGAUCCGCAAGCGCGACUGGGCCCCGCUGGCCAAGAAGUGGCUCAAGCAACGCAAAGUCAUACUCCACACAGACGGCGCCCGCUCCUACAAGCUGCGCGUUGACGGCGUGGUCCACGACUGGGUCGUCCACAUGAAGAAGCGCGUGAAGGUGAACGGCAAGUACGCGUGGGUCAAGCCAGCCUUCACGAAGGUCAGGUAUCACGACAUUGCAGACAAUGGAUGCUCCAACAAGAAGAAGCGCAUCUGGGUGAAGUGCGGGACCCAGAUCAUUGACCGCGUCUGGGGCGGGUUGAGGCGCCACCUUGGCCCCAACCGCAAGGUGAACUCCCGCGCGCUGGCAAACAAGGUGAGGUCCUUCCAGUGGUGCUACUGGAACAAGGGCGAGGACCUGUGGGCGCAGACGGGCAAUAUGCUUACCGCUCUGUUCCAGCAGCAGCACGAGUGA